UCCCCUAUGGUUACGUUUAUAUUAGAACUUGCACUCAUUACAUUAAAACGGUAAUAAUGCAUCUGAUGUAAUUCUCUUCUGUCUCUCCGCACAAAAGCAGCUGCUCUAAAUAAGCCCGAUGCUACUGGAUGAACGCCAGGCUGCUGUCCGAAGUGUCCAGGCGCGCUGAGGUUGACUGGAGCUGUCCGCGGUGCUGAAGCUCCACCGCGCAAUCCGCUUAUAACAUCCCGUGAGUCGAGCUCUCUCCGCGUUACUGCCGGAGCUCUGCGCGAAGCACCGGGAAAGACGCGGGUAGACCAUAUGCUUACAAGAUCUCACAGGCGUUUUAUUUGACAUUCGAGUGAUUCUCGCUGCAUUGUUAAACACAAGGACAAAUUGUAGUGUGUUCCGAGGAGUCGUUUCAGUAUGUGCGUAAGGAUCGAGCUCCGAACGAACUGGCUCUUUCUGCUGCUCAUUCUGAGUCUUUCAGUGAUUUACACGCAUUGCCAAGAAGAUGGAACUGUACAAACUCAGAGAGGAGGAGAGUUAGAAUCAGAGAGAGAGUUUGACCCGUUCACCAGCAAACAAGAGCCACCAACUGAUGUCCAGCAGCUCACCACAGAUGCGGUACCAAUCCUCCCCAACCUAAGACUGCUCAAACUCCACUCAGCUCUGCUGACCAAGAGCUUCGAGGGAGAUCAGCAAUUUUUUAAAGAGGCACCCCACACCGUGCCAACAGUCUCUACCUCUACAUCUAACACUGAACAUUCACUUCUGGUGCCUCAGGAGGAUGCUGCAGUCUUCUCAGUCCCUGCGACCACGUUGACCAUGACUGCGGCAACAUCUGUGGAACAAAGAAGGCCCAGUAAAAGCCGUAGUAGAACAUCAGAGAAGAUCAUGGUCACCUCUCGGCCUCUCACAAACCCCACCAUUCCAAUCAGCACUCCCACAAGCACAGGUCAAAAGACAACUCUCAAUACAACAUCAAAGAAAGGCUUCAACAAGGAAAGUACUUUGCCACCACUUUCUCUGUCAACUUCACCUAAGAAAGAAUCACAGACGCCGGAAGGGAAAACCACACCAGGAUAUUUCUCUGAGACCUCUCCAGCUCACUGCGAUAUGAACUUCACAGACGCCGAUGGUUACAUUGAGCUCCCCCCGGAUGUCUCGUUUGAUUCCCACAUUCAUUGCACCUGCCUGGUUACUGUAUAUCUGGGUUAUGGCGUUGAGAUUCAGGUGCUGAACGUGAGUUUGAAUGAUGGGAUGGAGGCGGUUCUAGAGGAUCUGGGCGGACCCGUGGCCUCCAUUCUGGCCAACAACUCCAUGUUAUCCAGAGGUCUAGUGCUGCGGAGCUCUAGUAACCAGAUCUCAGUGCAGUUCAGCAGUGAAUGGCCCACUCAGCCUGGGUUAUUACUUCUGCAGUAUAGAGCCUUUGCUCUGAGUUGUGCAUCCCCGCUGGCUCCUGAAAAUGGUGAAGUAUCAGUCACUGGUCUUCAGGUGGAGAGCGUGGCCUAUUUCUCCUGUCUGAUUGGCUAUCAGCUCCAAGGCCCCUCCUCUCUCACUUGCCGAAAUGCCACCACACCCUACUGGAGCGGCAGAGAGCCCAGGUGUCAAGUUUCUUGUGGGGGGAUGAUGAAAAAUGCCACUCAGGGUCGUAUCGUCUCUCCGGGGUUUCCAGGAAAUUACAGCAACAAUCUGACAUGUCACUGGGUACUGGAGGCCCCUGAGGGCCAACAGCUCCAUGUUCACUUUGAGAAAGUGGCACUGGCUGAGGAUGACGAUAGGCUCCUCAUAAAGGAUGGGAGUAACAUUGACUCUCCACCCCUGUAUGACUCAUAUGCAGUCGAGUAUCUGCCCACUGAGGGGGUCACCAGCACCGGCAGACAUCUUUUUGUGGAAUUCACCAGUGACGAGACGGGCACAUGCACUGGCGCUGCCAUCCGAUAUGAAGCAUUCGCUCAGGGCAGCUGUUUUGAGCCGUUUGUGAAGUAUGGAAAUUUCUCCACAAGUGAUCCCACUUUUGGAGUUGGUUCUGUGGUGGAGUUCACCUGUGAGCCCGGUUAUACGCUGGAGCAGGGUGCCAUUAUUUUAGAGUGCGUAAACGAUGAAAAUCCACAAUGGAAUGAGACAGAACCAGCUUGCAGAGCCGUAUGCAGUGGUGAAAUAACAGAUUCAGCAGGAGUGGUGCUGUCUCCAAACUGGCCUGAAGCGUAUGACAAAGGCCAGGAUUGUAUCUGGGGUCUACAUGUGGAAGAGGACAAGAGAUUUAUGCUGGAUGUCCAGGUUCUCCGUCUGGGGAAGAAUGACUUGUUGACCUUUUAUGACGGUGAUGACCUCACAGCCAACAUCCUGGGCCAGUACAGCGGAUUUCUUCCACGAUUUAGACUCUACACCUCUUCAGCCGACGUGACCAUCCAGUUUCAAUCUGAUCCAGCUUCUAACGUCUACGGAUACAACAAUGGCUUUGUAGUGCAUUUCUUUGAAGUGCCACGUAACGACACGUGCGCAGAGCUGCCAGAAAUCCCUAAUGGCUGGAAGAGCACAUCUCAUCCUGAUCUGACCCAUGGCACCGUUAUUACCUACCAGUGUUACCCAGGCUUCCGUCUGCAGGGCUCAGAGAUCCUGAUGUGCCAGUGGGAUUUGACAUGGAGUGGAGACGUCCCCGUCUGUGAAAAAAUUAUGUCAUGUGAGGAUCCAGGACUAGUAGACAACAGCCGUAGACUGGUGACCGGCUCUCGUUUCGCUGUGGGAUCAUCCGUAGAGUACAUUUGCAACAAAGGAUACUCACUUUCUGGCCCAGGAGUGCUCACCUGCUACAGCAGAGAUACUGCAGACCCAAAGUGGAGUGAAAGACUGCCCAAAUGUGUCCCUGAAAGAUAUGAACCCUGCGGUAACCCUGGCGCCCCUUCCACGGCCAUCCAAAGCUCAGAGAAAGCAUUCUUCCAGGCAGGAGAGACUCUGAGCUUCACCUGCCGUACAGGUUAUGUGCUUCAGGGUGAACCCACUAUCCACUGCCUCCCUGGACAUCCCUCUCAAUGGAGCGGAGCGCCCCCUAUGUGCAGGGCUUCGACAAGAAACACCGAGGAGCACAGAUUGAACGCUGUUGAUUCAGAGUUCGACGUGGAGGGGGUCAACAUCGCCAUCGCGGUUCUGAUUCCCGUAGCUGUUGUGCUGAUGCUCCUUUUAGUCGUUUUCCUGUGCAUCUCCAUAGCUCAAAGCAAGACUUUUCAGUUUCCCGGGUUGUCGUCUCCUCCGUAUGACAACAUGACAGAAGAAUCUGCGUUUGACAACCCUGUGUAUGAGACUGGAGUAAGUAUGGAUGCCAUGAACCUCAGAGAUGUGGGCUCUCACAACACUAUCGUCCUGUCCUGAUCAACCUCGCCUGCCAUUCUGUCAUUCCACCUGUCUCAGUUAUGACAUCGACUUGGUCUGGAUUGUGCAAAUAAAUAGAGAGAAAUGCAUUUAUUGGCCAUUAUUUAUAAUGCAAUGUUGCUGUAUCAGUACCAUGUAAUGGCGCUAGUAAAGAAUUAAGGAGAAGAUACAACAAAACUCACUUUAAAAUUUAGUGCAUAAACUCUUAAGACUUCAGAAAAUAUCUUAAGAAAUGCAAUGUGUUUUUUUGUUUUAAUAUUUCAAGUUCAAGUAAUGCUGCUGUAUAUUUAUAACAUACAAAGGGUUAGAAUAAUUUACGUCUACUUUGGGUCUCAUGAAAACAUUCAUUUUAGAUGUAAAAACCCAUUUAGGCUCGAGGCUGUGGGUCAUCGAUAUCUAGAACUCGGCAGAUGGUGCGUGUGUCUCAAUUUAUCCUCUUCAUGUUCUCUUACUGGAUGUUCUUACUAAUAUAAGAGGACCUCAUAUUAACCAAAAAAUCAUUUUGUAUUCACCAAGUUACCAAGUCACUGAAAUCUGCUGAAUGUGAAAAAUGUGAAAUAUCUGUUGAAUGUGAAAAACUGGCCAAAAUCCACUCGAAUGAUCAUACAAUUAAUAUUGUUAAGUUAAAUUAUAUUUCACAGGACUCAUGUUUGUGUUUCGGGUGAUUUAUGUUCACACGUUCAUCAUUUGUGUUUCAUGUUUUCGUAAAUUUCCUCUCUUUUGAUUGGAAUAAUAAAAUGUGAAUAAAGCUCUUGAAUUAGCUUGCAUGUUAUGAAUUAAUAAACUUAAGUUACGCUACCAUUCAGAAAUGAAGUUUUUUUUAUGUGAAAGAAGUAGUGAUUCUCAGCAAGGAUGCAUUCAAUAGAUCAAAAAUUACAACGUUACAAAACUGCAUAAUGGUUUCCACAAAUAUAUUAAGCAGCAAUACACUGAUAAAAAUACAAAGAAAUUACCAAAUCAUAUUGUUGCAUAUUCAAACGAUUUCUGAAGUGAUUUCUGAUUGUGAAUUGUGAUUUCUGAUGUGACACUGAAGACUGAAAUAAAGGGUCAAUGAAAGUUCAGCUUUGCCUAACAGAAAUAAAAUACAUUUUAAAAUAUAUGUAAAAAGAAAACAGACGUUUUAAAUUGUAAUUAGUUUCUGCUUUUUUUUUUUCGUUUUACUUUAUUUUGGAUAAAAUCAAAGCAGCC